AUGAGACGUAAGACUAUCAGAUCUUUAUCAAUGGAUAGUGGAGGAACUCGACCCAUUAACAAUAAUACAAAUUUUAAUUUUGGUGUAGGGGUUGGUAUUUCAUCAAAUAAUCGUGUUGGUAGUCAACGUAAUAGUGUUAAUGGUGGUGGCGGUGGCAAUUUAUUAUUACGUAGACUGAGCAAUUUUGGUAAUAAUAAUAACAGUAUGAAUGGUAAUAAUUCAAUGGGUAGAAUGGGACAAUUUAAAAUAGAAUUGGACAAUGAAGAUAAUUUACCAGGUCGAAUUUAA